GCAGUUUGCUGGAUGCUGCGCCGGACCGAGAACCAGGACGAGCCUUGGCAGCGCCCGUCGACGUCGUCGGGACGCAAGCACCGGCAGAAGCCCAAGGCGCCCAAGAAGCAGCCGCCGGCGCCCGAGCGCUCGACGACGCAGUAUGCAGACAAGCUCAAUGGGCUCAUGUCGACCGAGCGCGACCAGUUAGCCCAGCAAGUGCUCAUCGCCGCCGAGAAGGGCAACAAGAAGGCCAUGUACUUGCUACUACAUCAAGGCGUGUCGCCACAGCACUGCCUCGGCAUGCAAGGCUACACGCCGCUGCAUCAUGCUGCGACGCGCGGGCACUUGGCGAUCGCCGAGCUCUUGGUGCAGUUUGGCUGGCCGCUCAACCAGACCAACAAGUUUGGCGAAGCCGCACUGCACUUGGCGUGCCAUGGCGGUCAUUUCCACAUUGCCGAAUUCCUUCUGGACAAAGGCGCCGACGUCAACGUCGUCACCAGCGACCACGAGACUGCGCUCUUUUACGCAGCUCGGAAAGGCCAUUUCCGCAUCGUGCGCUUGCUGCUGCGGCGAGACGUCGACUGGCGCAUCCGGAAUCGCUUCGAUGACAUUGCCGAAGACGAAGCGACCGAGGAGCGAACCCGGCACGAGUUUGAUUCCAGCAAGGAGGACGCUGACCGACUUGGUCGCGAGCCAACGCGCCGACCACGGGGGCCUGAGAGCACACUCCAAACCAAGCACCGCGAGCAUAUAUUUUCCUACCUCCCACUACCGGACCUGAGCCGCGCGUUGCAGGUUUGCUACCGCUGGCAGCGGGCAGCUGAUGCGCCACGGCUCUGGGCGCGCUUCAAGGUGUCGCGCUGGGAGCUUUCGUUGAACAAGUCGUUGGGCCUCGGGCUUGUCGCGCCCAUGUCGGGGUACCGGCCCAAGCAAGCGACAACGCGAAAAGGCCGACCGUCGACGAGCGGCGCCGACUUGUUUCUGCACGCGCUCGGACUUCCUUCGGUGGCCAUGUCGUGCUCCAAAGCCGAGAGCCAGCGCCGACCGCAGACGGCGAUCGUCGCACCAAGGCUGCUCCUCUCGCCCCGCGACUUUUACCCUCGAUAA